CGGACAUCCGGUCCGGUUAUCUCUAAAAUAGGCAGUGACGAUUCUGACGAGUGGAGAUUGGGGAAGUGUCACUGUCACAGCAAGUAGCAAGUCACAGCAACGAGCGAGACGAGUUCGCCAUUGCGAGGAAAGGAAUUUACCGGGUGCGAAGCGAGGGUUGAAAAAACGCACACAUACAAUAUUGUGCCUCUAUCUAUUAUCUGUGAUUUGUGUUAGUUAAAAUCUUCGUCAUGAAGAACUUUGUAAUUCUGUUAGCAAUAUGUUGUGUGAUACUUGUUCUGUCUGAAGCCUCUAAGUCCAAGAAAGAAUGGAGACAGAAAAAGUAUUCGAAAAAACUGGGUCAUCAUCAUGGUCACAAUGGCAUGGACAAAAAAGCCCACAGAAUGGAAGGUGGGCACCACCAUGGACAUCAUAAAAUGAAAGGAAAACAUCAUAAAAGGGGAAAGGUCAGUCACAAGAAGCAUUUAGCAUGGUUGAAAGUCAAAUCAGCUGCAGACUGUGGUCUUCAGUGUGGACAUGGGGAAGUUUGUAUCUCAGGGCCGGUCGAUACAAAACCAUUGUGUGUACGCAAGAAGGACUUGAAGAAAAGCAUGAAACUCUUCCAUCGUUAUCAGAAGAAAGAGAUGAAAGCUUGGAGAAAGUUCCAGAGAGAAAAUUACAGUGGAAUUAAGGAUCAUGAGUACUACAAAUUUGACAGCAGUAUGGCAGACAUGAAGAAAAAACAUCUUGAUAAGCAUGGAUAUUCUCAUCACCUUGACCUUCAUAAGGGAAAGCAUAUGAAGAAACCCCAUGUUCCAGGUCUUGUUGGCAAAGAAGAAUGCACAACAAGUGAGUUUUCACAAAUGAGAACAAGAAUGAUGGGCUGGUUUCAUCUUCUUCAUGGACAAGAUCAUUUGGCAAAGAAGCAAGCAGGCAACAUCAAACAUUUCCAUAAACAUGUGUCUGUCAAGAAGGAACUCCGAGAACAUGAUGGCAACAGGUGUGAAUGCUUCAAGUCAGCAAUGUGGCAGUUCAACCAGAUGGACAAAAAUGGCGAUGAUCAUUUGAACGAGUUUGAGAUGAGUGUGAUGGAGGAGAACAGCAUGGAACCUUGCAUGAGGCCAUACCUUACCUCUUGUGACCGGAAUGCAGAUGGAAAACUGUCCAGUGAUGAAUGGUGCUGUUGUUUCGCUAAUGUCGUGGCUCCUUGCUUCAAGAAGCUUGACGAGAUCAGGAGGUCUGGAAAGCCAGUGACCUACAUGCCGAGGUGUGACAAAGAAGGCUACUACAUGAGAGAGCAGUGUAUGGGGGAGACCAAAGACGCCUUCAAGUGUUGGUGUGUGGACUACAAUGGAAAUCCCUACAAAGGGACAGAGAAGGAAGGGCGUGCCCACUGCAGCAAAAUGGCACUCCAGAUGUACGAGGACGGACGUAAUGUCUAACCGUAGGAAUGUGCCUCGCAAGAGAAUCUCGACAACAGGGCUCUCAAUAUAUUGCUUUAAAACAAAGUUUAUGCUGUGAAAAGCUCUUUUUGUUGAAGAGCUGUCCUGUUGGAUGCAAUUUUUUCCAUUCAUUUUAUUAUGUAUGCUUCAAUGUGUAGGGGCUGUAUAAAACGUUUUGCGCAGUGACCGUUCAUGCACAUUUUAAAAAAUUACUUUCCGAGUGAUGGAGCUAAAAAUCAAACUGUAAUAGUUAACUCAAAAUAAAUUGUACUAGUCCAAUCAAUUUAGAAUUGAUUGGUACACUGGUAAGCUCUUGCAUGUAUUGAAUACUUGUUUUGAUAAUCUGUUUAUAUUUUUAAAGGCUUUGCCCAGGGCUUUACAUUUUUUAAAAGAAAGUGCUAUUUGUGUCUUCCGUGCAGUCUGAAUAUGUCAUGCUGAAGCCCUUUUUUGUGAUGUACAUCUUGCAAAGCUGAUCAUUAAGUGAUUAAGUUUUAUACAAAAAUAUACUUUAUUCGUAUUUUUUUAUGUGCGUGGAAAGAUAACUGCCGAUCAACCAUUUUGUGAGCAAAAUAACAUACAAUGUUCCAUUGAUGAAUACAUUAUAUAGUGUUUCAAAUGAUUCAUCUAUACCUUUGUUACAUGUUGUGAGAGAAAUAGAAGUUAUUCAAAUUGAGCUGUUUAUGUCAAAGACGUUCAUUGCGUGUUUUUUUUUACACAGCAUGCUUUCUUCAUUUGUAUACAAAAUGAUUUCAUGAACUUUGUUUACCAAUUGUUCUCCUUUUCUUUAACAUGUAGAGCUUUCUUAACUUUAUUUUGUUGUUUUGUUUAUGCAUGGACAAAUAUUUUUAGUGUGCCCAGUAUACAAGACAUUCUCAUUUACACAUUCCAUUUUUUUUAAGGGGUAGGAGAGUGCAGAGUUUCACAAGCAUCCGUAUACUAAGUCUAAGGAGCAUUUAUCUUCUCAGAUAUGUACACACAGUACAGAGUAAACACAUCUCCUGCACUUAUGAGUAUGUUAAAGAAGUGUGAAAGGAAACAUCUUGCCAAAUGACUCCCUCUAUACUCUUUUGUGCUAUUUGGUUGUGUUUAGUUGUGAUUAUUUUAUGUAUACACAUACCGAUACAUCUAUAAAAGAUAUAUAUAUUAUAUACAUAUACUCUAUUGCAAUAGAUAUUUUGAAAUUGAGAUGUGAAACAGUACACCAUGUCACUCCAGGCCUUUUCUUAUUUUAAGCACAAGUACUAGUCAUCUUCGAGGAUUUGGGGAUUCAUGGAAUCUGUUUGAGUAGCACAGCCAGAUAUUUGAACCAAGUUGUUUCUCUGACCAUUACCAUGGUGCUUCUCUAUGUCUAUGUUCUUCUUGUAGUUUAGAAUUAAGAGGGGUUAGCAAGAUUAUAGGCAAUCAGUUUGUUCCUGCUUUUGUUUUUGUUAAAUAUAAGAAAAUUGUUCAACAUAUAAUUUUCUUUAAGCAGAUUUGUUUUGAGGAUACAGAGAAAAUGUGAUCCGAUUUUCACUUAUGUAGAGAGGGGUUCUAACUAGUUGUAUUAUGGUCCAAUAACACUAGUCCAAUUUGUUUACACCGUUGUUGUCUUGUUAUUUAACAAAAUGUAAAAAAAGCUUUUUUUACAAACAGAUGGAAUUGAGGAAGAUUAUGCAAUAGGAUCACAACACAUCAUCUGCUCUCACUCCUCUUUUACUUUUCCAAGUAUCAAUUGUGCUUGUUUGUGGGACAACGAAACUUUUUACUGUGCUGUUGAUACCUGUCUAAUUAGCUUUUUUUGUGAUGUAGUCAGAUCACAUGCUGUCCGCUACUACUACUACUGCUUUAGCCUUUUUCUUUCAACACUAGCUCUUCCUAGCUUUGAAAAACUUACAUUCCAUCGAUUUAUGAUUUUUAAAAUUAUAGCCAUAGCGUUCCAAAGGAUCUGUUUUCUGCAUAUUUAUAUAAGUAUUUCUAAUCUCUGCAAAUAAACGAUUUAAGUGAGAA